AUGUCAGAGGACCUCACCGUCGAAGCUUUUCUGUUUGGGCUCUUGGUCUUUUCUGGCAUCGUGGGAAACAUCUUGGUUAUUCAUGUGGUGAGCUGAUGUAUCUAUUAAUAAUUAUGCUUAGAGGUAUAUCCGGCAGUAGAAUUUAGUUAGGGUCAAACACACCGUAACACCGAGUUAGACAACCCCCUCAAGAGAUGAAUGUUGUCGACCGCUUGCUUCUCUAAUUGUACCAACUUUAGCAACAACCGCAGGAUAGCAAUACACAGGCGGUCUGAAGAGACAUAAACAAACCUCAACCAAAACACCACUCUAUAGCCACAAAUAAUGCUCAGAACAGCACCUAACUUCAUCAACAGUACAUAUAGGGUCCCAGCCAUAGCACUAGCCACCAAACAUCUUUUCAACUUUGCCUAAUGUCUUUAGCAAAGCGACUAAACACAACUCACCUACUCUCUUCCAGCAGCCGCUUGUUUGUAGCGAGACCUUGGGCCGUUCCAUUAUGGACUGCUGCGGGGUGACGCAUUCAAGAAAGAACAUUUAUGAUCAUUACUUUAUCAUUUUCUUGAAGUAAUAGUUAAGAUGCUUGGUGGCGAGUGCUGUGGCUGGGACUCUAUAUGUACUGUUGAUGAAGUUAGGUGCUGUUCUGAGCAUUAUUUGUGGCCAUAGAGUGGCGUUUUGGUUGAGCGUGUGGCUCUCUGUAUUCCUAUCCUGGGGUCAUUACUAAAGUUGGUAUAACUAGAGAAGCAAGUGGUCGGCAACAUUCAUCUCUUGAGGGGGUGUCUAACUCAGUGUUAUGGUGUGUUUGACCCUAACCUAAUUUUAAGCCGGAAUAUCCCUUUAAUGUUUGAGGCAUUUCUUUUUUCUCAGUCUGUCACACUUAUUCUGUCAGGUGUUACAGUCUGCUGUUGAGAGUCCAUCUCGGAGACUACCUCCCUCUGACACCAUUUUGGUGCACCUCUCACUGGCCAACCUGCUGACCUCACUGUUCCGCACUGUGCCCAUCUUUGUCUCAGACCUGGGUCUGGAUGUGUCCCUGUCCCCAGGCUGGUGCAGAGUCUUCAUGCUGCUGUGGGUGUGGUGGCGAGCUGUGGGAUGCUGGGUGACUCUAGCGCUUAGUGUCUUCCACUGCACCACCCUGAGGCGACAGCAGGUGACCUUUGGACCUCUUGCACUGCAGAGGGAGAGGCGGCGGGUAUGGAUUGUCCUGGCGCUGGUGUGGGGGGCGAACCUGGCUUUCUCAGUCCCAGCUCUGGUCUAUAGCACUCAUGUUCAUGGCAAUGCCACUGUGGAGCUUAUGGUGAUCAGCUGCACCACCAGGCCUCUGCUGGGCUGCGUGUGGGAGUUUCCCACCAUCCAACAGGGCUCAGCCUUCGCCUCCACCUCACUGGCUUUUAACGAAGUGUUGCCGCUGGUGCUGAUGGUCUGCACCAACUUGGCCACUCUUCAUGCGCUGGCAAAACACAUCCGAGCCGUGACCUCAGGGGGAGAGACAGGGGGGAGUCACAGUGAGCUAGACAAACAUGUUGCCACUGAACGUAAAGCAGCUCAUGUCAUCAUGUCUCUGGUGUCACUCUUCGUAGUCUGCUGGGUGCUGCAGGUUGCUGCAGUGACAUACUACAACCACGAUGGGGGGCACCAUGCUGAGGGGCUGCUGACUGUGGCCCACUUCUCUGCAUCAGUGUUUGUAGGAUUCAGCCCCAUGGUGGUGGCUCUGGGACACAGCAAGCUGAGGAGGAGAAUCAUGGGUAUGAUACUGGGCUGGUCCAAAGUUCUCAAAUGUCACAGGAUGGACGCUGAUAAAAAGAGUAAAUGCCAAAAGACUACAGGAAAUCGUAACAUUUUCAUUGUUAAUAAGGCCCAGAAGGAGAUAAAAGUGGAGGAACAAGUCAAAGCUUUAAAGUGA